AAAAAACUCAUUUCUUGUCAAUAAUACUAGAAGAGAAAAUCUGAAGAUUCCACAGCUAAAAGAAGCAAAGGGGUGUUAAUUUUUUAAAUUAUUAUUAUUAUUAUUAUAUAUAUUUCUGGGUCUACUCUUUUUUUUAUUUUGUUUGUUUAAAUUGUUAUGUAUUUUAAGAGGUGUGAGAUUGACAGGCAGAUCCCACCGAAAUAAAUUAAUAAAUUCACCACACCCCAUCUUCAUAAAAACCCCUUAGAAUUCACCCUCUUUUUUUUUGUUUUUCUUGUGUCAUAUAAUUCAUCAGCUGUAAUUGCUUGGUUUACAGAAGAAAUAGAGGAGGUUGGUUUUUUGCAAUUGAAGCGAUGCUGGGUGUUUCGGGCAUAGUAAGUAGUGAAGGUGGUGGUGAAAAUCCAGAAAGCGGUGGAGGAGCAGGAAGCGGAGGGAGUAGUGAUAUUGGAUUAGGCGGUGGCGGUGGUGGUGGUGGUGGUGGUAGUAGCGGUGGAUUCAUGACGGAAGAUGGAGAAAGAAAUUCAGGUGGAAAUAGAUGGCCAAGACAAGAAACAAUUGCUUUGCUCAAAAUAAGGUCUGAGAUGGAUGUUAUUUUUAGAGACUCAAGUCUUAAAGGACCUUUAUGGGACGAAGUUUCCAGGAAAAUGGCAGACCUUGGGUUUCACAGAAGUUCCAAGAAAUGCAAGGAGAAGUUUGAAAAUGUGUACAAGUAUCACAAGAGAACCAAGGAUGGCCGCGCAUCUAAAGCGGAUGGAAAAAACUACCGGUUUUUCGAGCAAUUGGAAGCCUUGGAGAACAUUACAUCUCAUCAUCAUUCUCUAAUGCCACCGUCUAAUACGCAUCCUCCACCACCUCCAUUGGAAGCUACUCCAAUAAAUAUGGCUAUGCCAAUGGCAUCAUCAAAUGUACAAGUCCCAGCUUCACAAGGUACUAUUCCUCAUCAUGUUACUGUUUCAUCAGCUCCACCAAAUAGCCUUUUUGCUCCUCCUCCUCAUCAUCAAAAUGCUUCCCCCGUGGCACUACCACCGCCAUCACCACAGCCAGCUGUCAAUCCGAUUAAUAAUAUUCCUCAACAAGCUGUGAACGCUUCAGCAAUGUCGUAUUCAACUUCUUCGUCUACUUCCUCGGAUGAGGAUAUACAAAGAAGGCAUAAGAAGAAGAGGAAAUGGAAGGAUUAUUUUGAGAAGUUUACCAAGGAUGUGAUUAAUAAGCAGGAGGAAUCGCAUAGGAGGUUCUUGGAGAAGCUUGAAAAGCGGGAACACGACCGGAUGGUUCGAGAAGAAGCAUGGAAAGUAGAAGAAAUGGGCAGGAUGAAUAGGGAGCAUGAUCUUUUAGUCCAAGAAAGAGCAAUGGCGGCAGCAAAGGAUGCAGCUGUUAUUUCUUUUUUACAAAAGAUAACUGAACAGCAAAACAUCCAAAUUCCAAAUACUAUCAAUGUUGGCCCUCCAUCAGCACAAGUACAAAUACAAUUGCCUGAAAACCCACUACCCGCGCCACCUGUGCCAACACAUUCUCCUCAAAUACAACCGACUGUUACAGCAUCACCAGCUCAACCAGCACCAGUACCAGUACCAUUGCCAGUAACAGUACCAGCAUUAAUACCUGCAUCGUUGUCGCUACCAGUACCAUCCAAGAACAUGGAAUUAGUACCAAAAAGCGAUAACGGAGGUGAUAGUUACAGUCCAGCAAGCUCUUCAAGGUGGCCAAAAGCAGAAGUUGAAGCAUUAAUAAAACUUCGUACAAACUUAGAUGUCAAAUACCAAGAAAACGGACCUAAAGGUCCGCUUUGGGAAGAGAUAUCAUCUGGAAUGAAGAAAAUUGGAUACAAUCGGAAUGCAAAGAGAUGCAAAGAAAAAUGGGAAAACAUCAACAAAUACUUCAAGAAGGUGAAGGAGAGCAACAAAAAACGACCCGAAGAUUCCAAAACUUGCCCAUAUUUCCACCAGCUCGACGCAUUGUACAAGGAGAAAGCCAAAAACCCCGAAACAACAUCUUCAUUCAAUCCUUCCUCCUUCGCUUUAAACCCCGAAAACAACCCAAUGGCUCCCAUCAUGGCUCGUCCAGAACAACAAUGGCCACUUCCACCACACCAUGAAAGUACUACCCGAAUCGACCACGAAAACGAAAGUGAUAACAUGGAUGAAGAUGAUCACGAUGAUGAUGAUGAUGAUAAUGAGGAUGAAGAUGACGAGGAAGAAAAUAAUGCUUAUGAGAUAGUAGCAAACAAGCAACAAUCCUCAAUGGCAGCCGCAAACACCACUACCAGCACCGCAACAACAACCGUUUGAGCUAAAAUUAGCACAGAUCUC